GGUCAGUUACAUAUUCAGUCUCCCAUUCAGUCAGUCAGUCUCAUGCUGCUGGUCUGGCUGCAGACAGGCUGUUAAACCAUCCCUAACGAGGUAACUUCUCUUUACGCACAGCAGCAACAGCUUUGUUCGUGUGAUCCCUGAGUGAGCUCCAUCAGACCCGGCAGUAUGUUUGGAGCGGUGGUUGUUGGCAUUGGCACAGCAGGUUGGGUGAGGAUUAGAGACAUGUUAACUCCUCUACCUGGCAGUCCUGCAGAGAAACUCAAUGUCAAAGGAUUCAUAUCCAGGAGAAGCCUGGACGAUCAGCAGGGAGUGAGUCAGAUCUCAUUAGAAGAGGCUGUGAGCAGAGAAGACAUUCACGUGGCGUUCAUCUGCACUGAGAAUGCGUCGCAUGAGGACAACGUCAGAACCUUUCUGCAGGCAGGGAAACACGUCUGUGUCGAGUAUCCCAUGACCAUGAACUACAAGUCUGCUGCGGAGCUCUGGGAUUUUGCCCAGGAAAAAGGAGUGAUUCUCCAUGAGGAACACAUCGAGCUGCUGUCAGAAAACUACAAAGUACUGAAGAGAGAGGUUGAGGGAAAAGUCCUGCAGGAAGGAACUCUUCAUUUUACAGGUGGAGCCCUGAAGCCUGAUUUUGGUUUCCUUGCAUUCAGUGGAAUUGCUCGUCUCACCUGGUUGGUUGACUUGUUCGGUGAGCUGUCAGUAACCGCAGCAACCAUAGAGGAAAACUCUGGUAACAACUACAGCAAGAUGACUGCAAAGCUGCAGACUUCUGACAACAGACCUCUGACAUGGAUCGAGGAACGGGGACCGGGUCUCCCCAGGGACAAGAACAUCAACUUUCGCUUUGACUCCUGCACUCUGACCGUGAUCCCUCCGGCACCUAGAGGGGCCGUGGGCCUCUUCAUGCAGGACCUGGUCCACUUCUCUGCAAAGCUGGAAGGCCAAGUGAGUCCUGAAGAGCUCCAGAGAGAAAAAACAAGGAUCCUCCACUGCUUUCAACUGGCAGAGCGGAUACAACAACUUUGUCAAAGUUAAAUGGGGACUCAGUUCAGUUUAGAAUAAUCAUAAACCUUGAUGUUAUUUAAACAUGAAUUGAUCUUUAGAUUUUCGUAUAGAAACUUUUAUCCAAGUAUUACUCAAUAAUAUUAUAACAGAGAUCAUUACUGGUUGAAAGCUGAGUAAUUGAACUGAACACAUUCUGACAUGAUCAGCGCAUACAGUA